GCGGAUUAUCCGGAUUCUACGGUAAACAUGGGGACCGGCGACAAGGUCCGGCGCCUGCGCGAGGAGCUCGCGGCCACGGCGGCGCGGCAGGCCGACGUUCUCUCGAGCCUCGAGCGGUAUGCGACUGCGGAUGCCAAUGUCUCGUCGAUCAAGCGGCAGAUCUCUGGCGACCAGCCGCCGACCAACGCCAAGGAGGCCCUCUGGCACCACACGCAGGCGCUUCUGCAGCACCAUCUCUACAGCCAGGACGCGGCGAGCAUUGAUGUACUGCGCAAGCAGACUAAGCAUGUGGGCACCGCGAUCACGGGCGCGCACGAUGUAGCCGAGAAGAUGACGCGCGAGGUGCGACUUCUCGGGCGCGUCCAGGAGCGCGUCAAGGCGUCCAUCGAACGGAGCGAUGGCAUGCUGCGCGUGCGCCAGAGCAUGCAGCGGCUCCAAGGAUGCAUGCACGAGCGCAAGUACAAGGACGCAGCGGCGUGCCUCAAGGAGCUCCGAGACAUUGAAGCGCUCUCGAUUCCGAUCGACGUCGGCGACAAGCUGCGCAUGAACAGCGCCGAGAACGACAUUCGCGAUGCGAUCGAGCGGCAGAUGAACGCAGCGCUUUACGCCAAGGACGAAGCCGCCGUCCUGCGUCUCGGCAGCAUCUUUGAGCCAAUGCUGUUUGCCGAAGAAGGCGUCAGCAUGGUGCUGUCGUUCGUCGCGUCGCAACUCGACGAGCGUCUCGCGUCGUCGUCGCUCCAGCGCCUCUCGGUCCACGACCUCACGUCGCACUUGAUCCACGUGUUCAACUCGGUGGCCGAGGUGACGCUGCGCUUUGAGCCGCUCAUGCUGCAGUCGUUCAGCUCGGUGCGCGGCGCCGAGCGGCUCUUGAGCCGCGUGUACACUCUCGCGAGCCCGAUCGCUGUGCGCAUCCUCGACGCAUACAUUGCGAAGCGGGGGCUUGCCGACUUGGUCCACAAGGCACGGACAGCGCAACAACAACCGGACCCCAGUGGCCCCACUGCCAAGACAGCGGUCUCGUCGAAGCCCGAGAACAACGUCGACUGGAACCCGCAGCUCAACGAAGUCGCGGUGGUCCUCCAGCAUUCACAGACCUACGAGCGGUUUGUACGGGCGCGCGAUGUCUUCUACCUGGCCUCGUCGUCAUCAUCGUCGUCGUCCGCUACCUCGCUCCUUCCGUCGUUCAAUGCAAGCCCGCUGAACACAAGCGUUCAGGAGCUUGCCGCACUCUACUGUGCGCUCGAAGACGUCUGCCUCACCGCGUCGACCAAGAAGGCCCUAACCACCGAAGAGAUGCGCUCGAUUGCGAGCGGCGCGGCAUUGAUUCCCGUCUCGUCGAUCAUUGACGAAGUGUUUUACGUCGGCCGCAAUAGCGCGUGCCGGGCGCUCGCCACGGGCCACGUCGACGCGGCCUGCGGUGUCCUCAACCUCGUCGCAACGCUGCUCGAGACGACGCUGCAUGACGUGAUCAAGACGCGCGUCCUCGCGCUGCCGCGGGAGAUGCGCGAGGCUACACCGCUCACAGGCCUCUUGACCAACUUGCAGUCGAGCACGCAGCUACGAGACCAGAUCCAAACGAUCGCCACUCUCGGCAAGAAGAUGACGUCGCGCAACUUGAGUGCGACGACGCCACCGGCAUCGACGACAACGCCUGUCUCUGGCCCGCUCAAGCCCGUGCUGGCACCGCCCGUGACGCUCAACAGCAUCCACACGCUUCUUUCAUACCUCGCGCAGCUGCAAGCGACGUUGGAAGUGGACGCCAAGGCGGCGUUCACCGACCCAUUGCCCGCUCACAUCAAGAGCUGCCUCUUGGGCUUCGAGGAUGUGGCCAAGGACUACAAGGAGCUGCUCGUGACGGCCAUAGCGCACAUUGCAGGCGUCUUUCAGCCCAAGCUCGCUUCGUUUCUGACGCCGAUUCUCAAGAAGACGUCGUUCGACUUGACAGACGCUGUGUUUGCGGCCAACGAAGUCAACGACCCAUUCGCCGCCGCGCUCGUGACGCAGCUGCGUCAUCUCCUCGACCCGUACGAACAGCAUUUGGCGUGCGAGACGUUCGAGCAGCUCGUGGACGCGAUCACGCUCGUGGUGGCGGAGCUCCUCGAAGGGCUUUUGCUGACCAAGCUCGUGCCCUUCAACCAGCUCGGGGCCAUGCAGCUCGAGAAGGACAUUCGCGUUCUUGCCAACUACCUCGGUGAGAAGGUCCAGUUUAACCACGCCCAUUACCGGACCUUUGGGACCCUUCGGCAAUGCAUCAUGGUCCUCAACGUCGACGUGCCCGAUGACGUGCUCGAGUUUUACGGCCGCCCGACAACACGAGGCGUCGUCGACUGGAAGCUGUCGGCCGGUCGCGUCAUUGAGCUCCUCCAGGCGCGGGUCGAGUUUACGACGGUCGAGAUCGCAGCGCUCGAGCUCGCAUAAGGGCCAUGCAUUUAUUGAAUCAGGAUCAUCCAGCUGAUAAAGAUGUAAAAGAGCAACACCGGGUACACCGUGA